AUGAAGGUUUCAAAAGUAUCUAAGAUUAAAGGAAAAUUUAUAAGCAGAACCAGUCAUUGGGGAUUAACAGGUCAGAAGUUGCGGUAUUUUAUCACCAUUGCGUCCAUGACGGGUUUCUCAUUGUUUGGAUACGACCAAGGAUUAAUGGCAAGUUUAAUCACUGGUAAACAAUUCAACUACGAAUUUCCAGCUACAAAAGAAAACGGUGACCAUGACAGACAUGCAACUGUAGUGCAAGGUGCAACUACUUCCUGUUAUGAAUUAGGUUGUUUUGUAGGUUCAUUGUUUGUUAUGUUUUAUGGUGAAAGAAUCGGUAGAAAGCCGUUAAUCCUUUUGGGGUCUAUAAUAACUAUUAUAGGUGCUAUUAUCUCCACAUGUGCAUUUCGUGGCUACUGGGCAUUGGGUCAGUUUAUCGUCGGGAGAGUUGUCACAGGUGUUGGUACGGGCUUAAAUACUUCCACUAUUCCCGUUUGGCAAUCUGAGAUGUCUAAGCCAGAAAAUAGAGGUUUGCUAGUUAAUCUAGAAGGUUCUACAAUCGCAUUCGGUACCAUGAUCGCUUACUGGAUUGACUUUGGAUUGUCAUACACAAAUAGCUCCGUUCAAUGGAGAUUUCCCGUAUCGAUGCAAAUCGUUUUUGCCCUGUUCCUACUUGCUUUCAUGAUUAAUUUACCUGAGUCACCUCGUUGGUUGAUUUCUCAGAGUCGAACUGAAGAAGCACGCUAUCUGGUGGGAACGCUAGACGAUGCAGAUCCAAAUGACGAAGAAGUUAUCACAGAAGUUGCUAUGCUUCACGACGCUGUCAACAGGACCAAACACGAAAAGCAUUCUUUGUCUAGUUUGUUCUCCAGAGGCAAAUCCCAAAAUUUACAAAGAGCCUUGAUUGCAGCUUCAACACAAUUUUUUCAGCAGUUUACUGGUUGUAACGCUGCCAUAUACUAUUCUACUGUGCUAUUCAACAAGACAAUUAAACUAGAUUAUAGAUUAUCAAUGAUUAUAGGUGGUGUCUUCGCAACAAUCUAUGCCUUAUCUACUAUCGGUUCGUUCUUUUUGAUAGAAAAGCUAGGUAGACGUAAGCUAUUUUUAUUAGGUGCCACAGGCCAAGCUGUUUCAUUCACAAUUACAUUCGCAUGCCUGGUUAAAGAGAAUAAAGAGAAUGCAAGAGGUGCCGCCGUCGGUCUAUUUUUGUUCAUUACGUUCUUCGGUUUAUCCUUGUUAUCAUUGCCAUGGAUAUAUCCACCAGAAAUUGCAUCAAUGAAAGUUCGUGCAUCAACAAACGCUUUCUCUACAUGCACUAAUUGGCUGUGUAACUUUGCUGUGGUUAUGUUCACCCCCAUUUUUAUCGGACAGUCCGGAUGGGGUUGCUACUUAUUCUUUGCUGUUAUGAAUUAUCUGUACAUUCCAGUUAUUUUCUUUUUCUACCCUGAAACUGCAGGUAGAAGUUUAGAAGAAAUAGAUAUUAUCUUUGCUAAAGCCUAUGAAGAUGGUACUCAACCAUGGAGAGUCGCAAAUCUCCUACCUAAAUUGUCGUUACAAGAGGUCGAAGAUCAUGCCAAUGCUUUGGGCUCGUACGACGACGAGAUGGAAAAGGAUGAUUUUGCUGAAGAUAGACUUGAGGAUACAUACAACCAAAUGAACGGUGAUAACUCAUCUAGUUCUUCAAACAUUAAAAAUGAAGACACAGUUAAUGAUAAGGCAACUUCAGAAAACUGA